AUGGGCCUCUCAGCCGGCCCUAUGGCGCAGCGUGCGCACGACUUCAGGCUGCUGCCUGCAGCUGCCGCCAUCGUCUUGAUUAUCUUUACGGCAGCUGAUACUGCCCUCUUUGCGUCUUCAUCUCGAUCAGACGCACACGCUUCCGUCGCUCAGCAGGUUCUCCAAUGGCAGCAAGGAUCGCAGAAUACGACAACGCUCGCGAGCUUUGGGCCCAACUACGAUCCUGCGACACGACGAAUAUUGACAGAGCAAGAGCGCUCGCUCAAGGCCGCCAGCCUCACACUCGACACGCUUCGUGGCCGAGUAUUUCUCGACGCUGCGCGAGUUGGGCAAGCAGAUGCACAUCCCAUCCAUCAGCUCAUCGAAACAGGAGAACGAAAAUGGCAGACCCUGCUGGACAAGCAGUCGACCACACUGGACGAAGCGGUACGCGAGUACAGGCGUCGAUACGGACGAAAUCCCCCUCGUGGAUUCGACAAGUGGUGGGACUAUGCCAACAGGAACAACGUCGUUCUAGUGGACGAGUACGAUCACAUUCACCACGACGUGGAGCCUUUCUAUGCCCUGCCGGCUAGUGUGAUCCGUCGACGCACCUCAUCUCUCCAUGAGAGUCAAAAAAGCUGGAGCCGUACCGUCAUGGUCGAUCCUGCGGCGCAAGACAAGUCUCGGCAAUUUGCGUUUGAUAAUUCGAAUGACCGCUUAGGCGACGCGUUAGGGCCCCUGCGAGAGGUUGCACAUCUCAUGCCAGCCAGCUUCAACUUUACAGUAAGUUAUGACGAUAGCGGGUUCGCAAGUGUCAGCAACGAUCAUCUGGAGUAUCUACGUCGCCUCACGCGCGCAGGAAGAUACAUACCUGACGCGUCUGGUGACACUGACGGAUACAUUCCAGAUAAGAACUCCGUUGAUCAUCCGUUUCUGGAUAUAUGUCCGUCGGGCUCGCCCAUGCAUGCUGCAUACAAGCUGCCGAGCUUUCGAGAGGACGAGAUCGACCCUGUCUUGCCAGACUCAGAUGGCUUCAUUUACGAUGCAGCGAGGUCAGCCGAUGCUUGCUCAGCGCCAGAGGUCUACUGGCACCAUCCUGCCAAUACGCGCGGCUCCAUGCUGCAGCGUAUCGAGCCCAUGUUCGUCUGGUCACGAACGACUCAUCGGACAGAUCUCGGGCUAGCCCCCAGGACGCGAGGCCCAGUCACAGAAGAAGAGACCGUGCCUUGGUCAAAGAAGCCAUUCUCGACGCUCUAUUGGCGAGGAUCCUUGACGGGCGCAGCAUUUAGAGAUUCUCUUCCCGUCAAGAGCUGGCGCGGUUCUCCGCGUUACCGUCUUCUUCACCUGUUCACGAAACCCGACCAGGGCGUCUUUCAUACGAUGCUAGCUGAGACCAUCAGUGGUGGCACGACGUUCGUACGAGUAUCGCUUGAGCGGGUCUCGCAAGCCCUGUUUAGCUUCGCCGUGAUAGGCGAGCCGAUACAAUGCGACGAGCACAUCUGUCAAGAGCUCGCGCAGACAUUCGACUUUCAGGAAAGCGCCCCUCGCUCGGACGCUUUCAAGCACAAGUACAUUCUCGACAUUGACGGCAAUGGAUGGAGCGGACGUUUUUACACCCUGAUGACGAGCAGCAGCGCUAUAUUGAAGGCCUCGACGUUCCCACAGUGGUGGCAGGAACGCAUCGUUCCAUGGGUCCACUACAUUCCUGUCUCAACAGAUUACCGGGAUUUGAUUGACAUCAUGAUGUUCUUCCGCGGCUGGGACGAAGGAGGCGCGAACGAUCAUCUGGCUGAGCGAAUUGGCCAAAAUGGCAAGGAAUGGGCACUCAAUCACUGGCGAGCAGAGGACAUGAUCGCGUUUCAUUGGCGGCUACUCCUCGAGUGGUGUCGACUCUGGAAUCGAUCCGACGAAGACGCUUUCGAAUACGAGCCGAGCAAAGAGCUUACGUAG